CACCCCCGGGAGGCCCCAUGCCCGGCAGCAACCUCUGGCCCCGGCCAAAGUUGGCUGCGGGUGCCCACGGUGUCACGUGGAGUGAGGACACCAGAGCCACCAGAGCUACCGGAGCCAUCGGAGACACCGGAGCCACCAGAGCCACCAGAGCACCCGGACCCACCGGAGUCACCGGAGCCACCAGAGCCCCCGGUGGCAUCAGAGCCACCAAACCCACCGGAGCCACCGGAGUCACCAGAGCCACCAGAGCUACCGGAGCCAUCGGAGACACCAGAGCCCCCGGACCCACCGGAGUCACCGGAGCCACCAGAGCCCCCGGUGGCAUCAGAGCCACCAAACCCACCGGAGCCACCGGAGUCACCAGAGCCACCAGAGCUACCGGAGCCAUCGGAGACACCAGAGCCCCCGGACCCACCGGAGUCACCGGAGCCACCAGAGCCAUCGGUGUCACCGGAGCCCCCGGAGCCACCAAACCCACCGGAGUCACCAGAGCCCCCGGAGCCACCAGAGCCCCCGGUGCCACCGGAGUCACCAGAGCCACCGGAGCCACCAGAGCCCCCAGAGCCACCAGAGCACCCGGAGCCACCGGAGCCACCAAAGCCACCAGAGCCACCAGAGUCACCGGAGCCACCGAUCCGGGAGCAGGCGGGCAGAGGGAUGGAGGGACAGAGGGACAGCAGGAGGUGGGUGGGAGCCCCCCUGGAGCUGUUGCCCACCCCAGCCCUGACCCUGGACCGGGCCAAGGUUCGGAACAACGCGGAGCGGAUGCGGGAGCGGUGCCGGGAGCUGGGGCUGCGCCUGCGCCCGCACCUCAAGACACACAAAACACUUGAAGGUGCCCAUUUGGCCACUGGUGGCACUGGCCGGGGACUGGUGGUCUCCACACUGGCUGAGGCUCAGUUCCUGGCUGCCGGGGGCUUCGAUGACCUCCUGUACGGCCACCCCCUGCCCUGGGGGGGGACACAGCUCCAGGACUGCGUGGCCCUGGCCAAGAAGCUCCAAGCCUUCCAGGUCCUCCUGGACAACCCCCAAGCCCUGGACCUCCUGUGCCAGCACCCCCUGCCCCCCGGGAAGAAGUGGUUGGUUUGGCUCAAACUCGACUGUGGGAAUGGCAGAGCGGGUGUCCGUCCCACUGACCCCGGUGCCCUCAGCCUGGCCCGGGCCAUCGCCGAGGUGGCACCUGAGGAGGUGACACUGGUGGGGGUCUACGCCCACUGUGGGGACACCUACACCUGCCGGGAUGUCCCUGAGGUCCAAGCCAUCGCCAGGGCCACCACUGCUGCUGUCAUCGACUUUGUCACCAAGCUGCGGGAGAUGGGUGUCCCUUGUCCCCAGGCCAGCAUUGGCUCCACACCUUCCUGCAGCCACCCGGUGCCAGAGAUGUCCCAGCUCACCGAGGUCCACCCGGGCAAUUACCUCUUCUAUGACCUCCAGCAGACCCUGCUGGGUUCCUGCCAGCUGGAGGAGGUGGCCAUCCGUGUCCUCACCAGGGUCGUUGGGCACUACCCCCAUCGGAACCAGCUCCUGGUGGACUGUGGUUGGGCUGCCCUCAGCCUCCACGGGUGGGACCAAGGACCCAUGGGCUGUGCUGCCAUCGAGGGACACCCCCAGCUCAGGCUGGUGGGGCUGACACAGGAGCACGGGCAGGUGGAACCCAUCAGUGGGCAGUUGGAUUUUGGGAGCUUCCCCUUGGGCACCAUCUUGGCUCUCAUCCCUUUCCACGCCUGUGCCACGGCUGCCAUGCACCCCGUGUACUACGUCCACGCGGAGGGGAAGGUGGUGGAGCUCUGGCACCCCGUCCGUGGGUGGUAGGGGGGAGAUGGAGAGACCCUACAGCCAGAGAGCUGGCACCCAUGGGACCCUGAGAAGAUGGAGAGACCCUGAGCCCCUGGAGACCCCAAACUGCUGGAGACCCUGAGCCCCUGGAGACCCCAAACUGGUGGAGAGAGACCCUGAGCCCAUGGAGACCCCAAAAUGAUGGAGAUCCCAAACUGAUGGAGACCCCAAACUGGUGGAGAGAGACCCUGAGCCCAUGGAGACCCCAAAAUGAUGGAGACCCCAAACUGAUGGAGACCCCAAACUGGUGGAGAGAGACCCUGAGCCCAUGGAGACCCCAAAAUGAUGGAGACCCCAAACUGAUGGAGACCCCAAACUGGUGGAGAGAGACCCUGAGCCCAUGGAGACCCCAAAAUGAUGGAGACCCCAAACUGAUGGAGACCCCAAACUGGUGGAGACCCAGUGACCAUGGAGACCCGAAACCAAUGGAGACCCCAGACUGAUGGAGCCUCUGAGCCCCUGGAGACCCCAAACUGGUGGAAAGAGACCCUGAGCCCACGGAGAUCCCAAAAUGAUGGAGACCCCAAACCAAUGGAGACCCCAAACCAAUGGUGACCCAGUGACCAUGGAGACCCCAAACUGGUGGAGACCCUGAGCCCGUGGAGACCCCAAACUGAUGGAGACCCCAAAGCAAUGGAGACCCUAAACCAAUGGGGACCCUGAGCCCAUGGAGACCCCAAACUGAUGAUGAUUCUGAACUGAUAGAGACCCCAAGCUGAUGGAGACCCCAAACUGAUGAAGACUCUGCAGCCAUGGAGACCCCGAGCUGAGGGAGACUGAGUGAUGACCCUGAGCCAAUGGAAACCCUUGACUGAGGGAGACCUCAAACUCAUGAAGACCCCAAACUGGUGGGGACCUUGCACCCAUGGAGACCCCCAAACUGGUGGAGACCCUGAACUGGUGGAGACCCUGAGCCCAUGGAGACCCCAAAUUGAUGGAGACCCCAAACUGAUGGAGAGAGACCCUGAGCCCAUGGAGACCCCAAACCAAUGGAGACCCCAAACUGGUGGAGACCCCAGACUGGUGGAGACCCUGAGCCCAUGGAGACCCCAAACCAAUGGAGACCCCAAACUGGUGGAGACCCUGAGCCCGUGGAGACCCCAAAGCAAUGGAGACCCUAAACCAAUGGGGACCCUGAGCCCAUGGAGACCCCAAACUGAUGAUGAUUCUGAACUGAUAGAGACCCCAAGCUGAUGGAGACCCCAAACUGAUGAAGACUCUGCAGCCAUGGAGACCCCGAGCUGAGGGAGACUGAGUGAAGACCCUGAGCCAAUGGAAACCCUGGACUGAGGGAGACCCCAAACUCAUGAAGACCCCAAACUGGUGGGGACCUUGCACCCAUGGAGACCCCCAAACUGGUGGAGACCCUGAACUGGUGGAGACCCUGAGCCCAUGGAGACCCCAAACUGGUGGAGACUCUGAGCCCAUGGAGACCCCAAACCAAUGGAGACCCCAAACUGGUGGAGACUCUGAGCCCAUGGAGACCCCAAACCAAUGGAGACCCCAAACUGGUGGAUAGAGAUCCUGAGCCCAUGGAGACCCCAAACUGGUGGAGACCCCAAACUGGUGGAGACCCUGAGCCCAUGGAGACCCCAAACCAAUGGAAGCCCCAGACUGGUGGAGACCCCAAACCAAUGGAGACCCCAAACUGGUGGAGACCCCAAACCAAUGGAGACCCCAAACUGGUGAAGCCCCCGAGGCUCUGGAGCCCCCAUCCCACCUGGA